UUGAUUGGUGAGAAAAUGGAUGGAAAAAAAUUUAAAAAAAUGAAAAAAAGGAAUAAACUUGGUGUUGAAAAGCUUGCUUGAGUUGUUUGUUUCCCUGGAUUUAUAACUUGACGUGUAUUAGCUUAUUGCUUAAACUAUUUGUCUAAUGUAUCUCUUUUGCUUUGUUUUGCUUUGAAGUGGCAUUAACUUAGCAGGGUCCGUUUUUGCAUAGGGAGUUUGAAUUUUGGACUAAUCAUUCAUCAAGUUGUAUAGUUAAUUGGUUAUGGUUGUCACGGUUAUGAUUUUGGCCAAUAAAAUGCUAAUAGUGAGGAAUGAUGCAUCAAACAUAACAUAUGAUGAUGAUUUGCAGUGAUUCAAGCUAAUGUUUGUUUUGUUUUUGGAUCUCCUCUUUAGUGUCGUUGGCUGUGCCUUUCUGGAAUGGGGUUUAAGGAAAAAACUAUAAAGCUGGGAGUUAAGGAGGACAAAGGCUGCGAAACAAAAACGAUAUGUGUGCAUGCUUUUACUGAUUUGACCUAUGUUGCUCCCGUCGUAUUCUUAUACCUUCUUAAAGAAUGUUAUGUUCAUGAUGAUUUGACAGGAAACCUGAAGGCAACUAGAAAGUUCCGAACUCUCCAACAACAAGUCCACCAAGUCCUAUGUAAUUCCCCCCAACCUGGACCGGCUACUUUUGUUGCUUAUUGUCUGUAUAUCCUGCCCAUGUUUGGAACAUAUUGUGAAGGUUUCAGUCAUUUGAUCGUAUCUGCCCUUCAUCGUUUUCUAAAGAAAGCAGCCAACACUGGAGACUCUUUGGAAGCAAAAAGUUUAGCUGCUCGAUUAUUUCUCUAUAUUGUUGAGGGUUCUAUUGACCAUGAUGAGAGGAUUGCUGUAAAGAUACUUGAAGUUUUUGAUGUCAGGUUGACAGAUAUUGAGAAAGUUGUAUCCCAAUUAAAGGCCCAGAAUGACUCUAGGUUUGACAGUGCAAAGACAUUUGUUGAGCGGUAUAUAUUUGGAUUGAUAGAAUCACAAUCAUAUAUGACGGCAGUGAGUCUGUUGGAACAUUUCUCUAUUCGUCAAUCUGGGCAAUCUUUUCUCAUCAAAAUGAUGGAAAACAAACAAUUCAGAGCAGCAGAGAAGUGGGCAAUGUUUAUGGGGAAGCCAAUGUUAUCCAUUCUUGUCCAGGAGUAUGCUGACAGGAACAUGCUUAAGAAUGCUUAUGUGAUUAUAAAGAAGAACAAUCUCCAGCAUGAAUUCCCAGAUGUGCAUCACAAGUACAAAGAAAGUGCAUUAAAAAAGUUAGCAGAAAAAGCGUGCUGGGAUGUUGCAGAGGCAAAGACACAUGGUGAUAGACAAUUAAUUGAGUAUCUGGUUUAUCUGGCUAUGGAAGCUGGUUACUUGGAGAAGGUUGAUGAACUGUGUAAUCGUUACUCCCUUGAAGGUUUUUUGAAAGCAAAAGAACUUGAAGCUAGUUUUCUGCAUCGUCGCUUUUUAAAUCUCAAUGAAUUGGUAGUAGAAGACAUAAUUUGGGUUGAUGAACUUAAUGGUCUCAAUAAGGCAGCAUGCCGCAUUGAGGGUUCCAAAGUUGUGGGCCUUGAUUGUGAAUGGAAACCCAAUUAUGUAAAAGGUAGCAAACCGAACAAGGUUUCUAUCAUACAAAUAGCUUCAGAUAAGAAGGUUUUCAUCUUUGACUUGAUAAAGUUAUAUAAGGAUGUGCCUGAUGUUUUGGACAACUGCCUAAUUCGCAUCUUGCAGUCUCCAAGAAUUCUAAAACUUGGUUAUAAUUUUCAAUGUGAUGUAAAGCAACUAGCUCGAUCAUAUGGAGAUUUAGAGUGUUUCAAGUGCUAUAAUAUGCUAUUGGACAUCCAGAAUAUUUUCAAAGAACCCCGAGGUGGCCUCUCCGGUCUUGCAGAGAAAAUAUUGGGAGCUGGCUUAAAUAAAACAAGACGGAAUAGCAACUGGGAACAAAGGCCAUUGACUCGGAAUCAGCUUGAGUAUGCUGCUCUAGAUGCUGCUGUUCUUAUUCAAAUAUUCUACCAUGUUUGUGAUCAUUCUCAUGCUGCUGAUGUAUCAGACGGGCAUCACAAAAUUGAAUGGAAGUCCCACAUUGUUUCUCACAUGGAUAACCCACAGUCCAAACAGGAAUCUAAACUUAGAAAAGAGGUGGAAGUUGAGGACAAUGAGUCGUGAGGAUUGAGUUUUCGUCCCAACCACACCAAAGUCAUCCGUAAAUUGUUUCAGUUUAAUGUUAGUACUAAUUCAUUGAGGUUAUGAUUGUGAAUAGUCUUGAUAUUGACAUGGGGAAAAGGCAAUCUUCACAGCAUUGUCAAUCUUCAGCCCUAACAUAGUGAUAUACAGUAGUCUGAUCAACCUUUGGGACCUUAUGUGACUUCUCUGACCUUCUGUUCAUUGUUCACCUUGCUCCAUUACAGUUUUCCAUUUCCCUGUGAUGAUGUUCGUUGGUACUUGUAAAUGUUCAUGCUACUCCUGCUUAAUGUCAAGUUAGCUAGGUCUUAAAACUUAAUGAAAGCCUACUUCAAGACUUAAUUGGGUUUUUAUGACUUGCAAUCUCAAAGGAAGGAAGAAAGCAAAUAAGAGUAAAUAGCUUACAUCUCUUAUUUCAGUUUGACUUUCUGAUGCUUACCAAUUAUUCCUAGGGUAGAAAUUCAGGUUGGUUAUAUAAUUGGAGAUGGUGUAAUUGAGUCAAGUUAAGCCUCAAGGAUUCACCGAAUUGGGCUGGAGUAGUUUAGAAGUAACUUGAUUUGUUUAUACUUUUAAUUAAAAUUUGUCUCAUAUUAUACGUUACGAGUUCUUGAGCUUUGAGGAUUCACUGAAUCGAGUCGGAGUAGCACAUGAGGAAUUUGAUAUGUUUACCCUUUUAAUUAAAUCUCUCUUAUUAUACAUUAUUGGACUA